AUGUUUGGAGACAGCGGGGUUCGCCUCACAAUUGAUUUAAAUGGAGAAUCGUAUGUUCCUGGCGACACGAUCUUAGGAACGUUAACCGUAGAAUCCGAGUCGCCGUUGACAAUGGAGUCAAUUGUUGUCUCUCUCGAGGGCAAAGCCAUCACCAGAGCUAGCCAGCUUGAUACCCAAUCGUGUCCACAGAGCACUAAAAACAAGAACAACUGUACAAAUUCUAGUACCACUAUGUUCACAGAAGAAGCCAGAUUUUUAUAUCGUACAGUUCAAGUGUUCCCGCCAGCAUUUUACGCCCAAGGAUUGAAGCAAAGCUGUUUGACUAUCCAAAAGGGAGAGCACAAGUAUCCCUUCAAGUUUGAGAUGCCCAAGGCCACAGAAAACAGCAGCGAUCCGCAUUGGUCCGGCCUACCUCUGCCACCAUCUAUGCCAAUUGACUCCCCAUUCGAUUUAACGAUGGGGCGGAUCGAAUAUGACGUGGUGGCCGUGAUAAAUAGAGGCAAAGGUGGUGGCAUGAGCACAUUGUUCUCAACCUCCAAGAGACACAAGAUGCCUAUUAAGGUCGCUAGCGUGUCAGAAGCUAAACCCGGCCAGCAAUUGCUGUUUGCCCGCCGGGCUCUUAAUGUUCCAAUUUUCCAGGUAUCUGACACAUGGAAAAGCUCUUUCAAAAGAGCCUUCGGUCUUAAUGAGCCAAUCUUUGAGCAAAGGAUGGUUGCUGAAAUACGAGUGCCCACGCGAGGAAUCUACAUCAGCCCAGACCCCCAGUCUCUCACAGAAUACCUGAGUCUUCAGAUCACAAAAUUUGAUUCCGGUGGUCCGCCCAAAGAAAAGGCUACAUUGUUUGCAGUAAGUGCGUUGGAUAUUUUCCUGGAGACGUCGUUCCGUGUUCAGGCUCAACCGGCUGUCGAAAGUCGUAAAAUCAGGGUGCCCAUUCAUUCGAGCAAACCUCAAUGGGGUCUGAACUUUGUCGACGAUGUUGCUGACCUUACAGAACUAAUAUCAUCGGUAACCGUUCCAAGGGUUCUCUUGCCGACCUUGACAUUACCUACUAUCCAGGUAGCCUACAAAUUAAACGUUCAAGUUGCUGUCGCUCCGACGAUAGGGUAUCCUGUUGUGAGCACAUACGCGGUACUGACUAUUGAUGUGCCAAUAAACCCGGCCGUGGCAGAAAAUAGUCCUCCACCAUACUCGGCAGCAGCGGGACCUAGUGAAAGCACAAAAGCUUGA